AUGUUCGUUGCGUGGGCGUGUUCGGCGUUGCGAUCAUCGCCCGAAUCGUCCGGAAACGCGUCGGAAAACGAACGAAUCGAUGCGCUUUUAGAGGCGAAAUUCGACGCGGCGACUCAGAGAUUACCGGCGUUUUUGUCGAAAAUCGACCAGAAAACCGUGCUCAAAUUCUACGGACUCUAUAAACAGGCGGUCGAGGGACCGGCGGGUGAGUGGCCGAGGAAUGUUCUAGACCACGGCCCCCAGAAACGAGAGAAACAAAUUUCCCGAAAAAUCUGAAAAUCACGAAAUUUGUCGGAAUUUACUAGACCACGCCGUUUUUUUCUAGUUUUCAGUCAUUUUGAUAUUGUAGACGCGAAAAAAGGGCCGUAUUGGUAUGAGACGGUGGCGCGGAAGAAGUUCAACGCGUGGCUGACGAACGCCAAAAUGAGCCGCGCAACGGCGAUGCAAAACUACGUGGAAAUGAUGGCCGAGCUGGACGCGGACUGGAAUCCGAACUCGGCCACGGUCAGCCGCACCGGCGGAUGGGAGAAGAUGCCGAGCACCAUGGGCGUGAUUGAGGUUCCGCGGAGAAAUUUACUCUCGAAAAUGCUCGGACUUUCAGCCGGAAAUGUUCGACGACGUGGUGAUUCAAGAGCCGACGCGUCUGGAAACGGAAACGGAGAAGACGUGGUUCGCGGCGAUGCGGGAAGACGACGUGGAGACGAUGCGGACACUUCUGGAGACGGAUCCCGAACUGCUCGAGGCCAAGGAUCAGCAUCUGGCGGUGAGAAACGGACGGUCGUGGGGUUGGUUCUCAUGAGGACGUUCAGAUGACCGCACUUUUGUGGGCCGUCGAUCUGGGAUGCGACACGGUCGUUCGGUUUCUGAUCGAUCGCGGAGCCGAUGUGAACGCAGUGGACGGAUGUCUUCAGACGGCACUUCAUUUCGGUACGGAAGGGUUUUGACAAACUAGUCCGGAAUAGCUCAAUUUUCGUUUACUUCAACUUUUUGACUAUAUGGGCUGAUUAGCAGUAACUAAAAUCCUUUUUUGCACUUUUUCCUUUUCAGCGGCGCAAUGCCACCGACCGUUGCUCGCGGAGAUCCUGGUGCAGGCGGGCGCCGACAAGCGAGCCCUCGACGCAGACGGCCUGACGCCUUCCGAAUGUUGCGACGACACGGAACUCGCCGAGCAGUUGGCCCCGCCCCUCGAUUAG